GGUGAGUGUCCAAACUGCUUAACCAGACACAGUCUUUAAGGGUUUUGUAGUUUCUGGGAUGAGAAACCACAGCCUACGAUGUUCUCAGCACAGCUGAUUAAUUGCUCACAGGGAUGCAAGCCAGGCACUAGUUGAGUUGGAAUGAGCGGUUUCACUCUAGUGGAGUUUAACAGAUACGUUGUGGAAUUGUAGCGUAAAAAUCGCAAUGUGCACAAAGCGGUCAAGGGGAUAUCGGUGAACGAUUUAGGUGAUGUAAAACUACACACCCGCAAUAAGUUCUCGUAUUUUGUGGUAGUGGGUGUGGUCAUAUCUUUGGAGAUAGUAAUUGCCAAAUAUCACGUAAAUGAGAAGUCGUUGAUUUCAAUGUCUGCAGUGUAUUUUUAAAUGUAAAUUUAAAUGUAAAUCUAAACAAGACUUUGAAGAGUCUAGUUUCUUGUUCAAUUAGUCAAUAUACGGAGAGAAACGUCUUAAAAAAGAAAGGCUCGUAAAAGCAAUUGUUUGCAACAAUAGCAGCAGCUGCGGUACACAGUACAGAGGUGAGUUUAUACGAAGACAACUGGACUGUUCAUAGGUGUGCACUAAACUCAAGCUCUAGUCAGCGCACUGAUUUGACACUACGAUGGUUGUCGACAUAAAUCCUGUGUACUACGACGUACCAUGGCCGUAUCUGGCAGCUUCCAUCGAUAUCCAGUUGGGGCAACUGGAGAAAGCAGGAACGGGUCUAGCAGGAGCUGUUCACCAGCGUGCUAUUGAAUACCAGCAAAGAGUGACAGAUAUUCGACGAAGAUUAGAGAUUGCCAGGAAAAAAAUUGAUCAAAUAGCCAAGGCUAAGCAGGGUAUUGUUAUGUACUCUCCAGGAACCUACCCGGUGUCAAAAGAGAAGCAAAAAGAGACCUUUAAGCGACUCUUCCCUAAAAGUCCGCUUGUAUGUGCUCCGGCAAUUGCCAGCAGUUUUAGACCCCUGACCUCAGGUCUCACGAAACUGAAAGAAGGCCUUCACUUUUUGGAUGUUUGCUCGCCUAGUGCCAGCUCCGACCCUUUAAAGCUUGCCCCACGAGGACUUGGGAAUAUCUAUAAACGAAAUCUACGUAGCGUAGCCGACCUGCUUAUUUUUAACACAACUAUAAAUCCGUAUUCGGUAGAGCCGGUCACAAAGGAUGUAGUGGCCGAACAACCUGAAAAGGUCAAUGGUGAUCCUAGUCAUGUCGUUCAAAUUACCAGCAGCUCCGAUCCCCAUGACUCCUCGCUUACUUUACUUACACUGAAAGAAUUAUCGAAUUCCCGUGGAAACUCUUUGGAAUAUCAGCCCGGGGCAGGAUCUACUCCAGAGCUUUUGUUACCGUCCGAUCUUCCUCUUCUAGAUGGAUUCGUUACAGACCUGCCCGAUCUUUUACCCAGUAUGAUUUUUGAUGGACCACGGAGCUCUUCCCCCAUGCAGCGUCCUAGGAUGCCUCUGGAUGACGGCGACAAUCAUGUGCAGUUGCCUGACAUUACCGAUGGUGAUCUCGUGGAAACGCCUCAGUCAACGACGUUCUUGCCGUCGCUUUCAAGUGUUACCUCGACGCCUCCGCCUCCGCCUCCUCCUCCGCCUCCUCCUCCUCCUCCUCCGCCUCCGCCUCCUCCCCCGCCUCCUCCUCCGCCUCUUCCACCUCCAUCUGCGACCAUAAUUAGCAAUACUAAUGGGGCGCCUUCGCCCCUAGUGGCUCCAUUGGUGAACGCCGAGACAGGCCCGGCGGCAUCUACCAGCCCUUCCGCUGCCCUUCCUGCUGUUCACAGCUCGCUUCUGGAAGCGAUUCGUAACAGUAACGGAAUAGCAGGGCUCCGAGAGAGAGCGAAGCUGACCGCUUCGAGGCGACCUGCGCCUAAAAAACCAGGUGGCGUAGCCCCAGUUAUAGACCACAUGGACGCACUAAAAGCACGUCUCAGCCAGCGUCGACGAGACAUCGGAAGUGGCAAUAGAAGCGCAGCAGCCCAGUCCGACGUGAUAAAAUACACACGGCAGGAAAACUGUGGAAUUAUAGGAGAACUCAUGGAUAAAAUUACUAAUCGGCCGCCAGACUCUGAUUCUGAGAAUUCGAACCAGGGUGACGACGACAUGUGGAAUGACUGACCGUCAAUCCGAAGAGAAGGAGCUUUUUAGAAAAAAACACACAUACACGGUGAAACAAAUAUUUCGGAACAGUUUAGUAAAAGUUAUAUACAAAUGAAUUUUUUAAAGCUGUCUAUAUACAUAACACGUGAUUCUAAAUUUUUCCGGGCAUUUCAAGAAUUUCUGACGUAAAUCAAAGCUGAUCGGUUAUAUUACGUAAUGCCAAUUUGCUCAUUGUCUCUGAAUUUAAUUAUAAUAAAUUAAAUUUUUUGGAGACAGUCGUAUACCACAUAACAGAACGGCUUUAGACCAUGAUAAGCGUUUUGUUUAUAGCCUUUGAUUUGUUACCGCACGGAUUAUUUUUAGCGUGCUGUGCAACUAUUAUUGGGAUUCUUCACAGGCCUUGGAAACAGACAUACGCAUGGGUAUUCAACUACGGUCUCCUAUUUUCAACGAACAUUGAUUUCGCUAAUAAAAAUUCAAUAUCAGGAUGAACAUGGGGUGUGCAACACAGGCAACUGAGUGUGAUAUAAAGGUAGCUUUUAUUGUUAUUACUAUUGUUCUAGAUAUUACUUGGUGAGCCCAUGCAAAACAGUUCACGCAAAUUUAAGUCUAGCUGAACCUCAUAGCAAUACAUGCAAUUGUUUCAAUAUACCCUGUUUAAUCUGCAGUCUCUCUUUGUUUUCAUGAUAUUUAUUAUGCUUUAUCCAAUACAAUUUGUAUUAACGUCUGGUAUUGCAGUUGUAUGUCGGUUAAAGCUCGUGUGUAGAAUAUAUGGAAAAAAACUUUGGUUGGUUAAUUUGUGGGUGGCAGUUUUUAUGAUGCCAAAAGCUGUGUAUAAGGAUGGUAUCGCAUACUAUCAACUAAUAUAGAUAUUGUAGAUAAUACAGUAUAAUUAUCGGACGAAGAAGGGACGUGUACUUGGCGCAUCUUUCGAGUAUAACUGAAAUCAAGUCAUAUCUGUAAAUGAUAAAUUUGUCUGAUACUGUUUUUUGGUAAU